ACCCCGUCUCUACUAAAAAUACAAAAAAUUAGCUGGGUGUGGUGGCGGGUGCCUGUAGUCCCAGCUACUCGGGAGGCUGAGGCAGGAGAAUGGCGUGAACCUGGGAGGCGGAACUUGCAGUGAGCUGAGAUUGUGCCACUGCACACUGGCCUGGGCGACAGAGCGAGACUCCGUCUCAAAAAAAAAAAAAAAGAAAAAGAAACUCAUUUAAUCCUCACAAUAACCUCCAGGAGAUGGUGUCCUAUGAUGCCCAGUUAUAGAUAAGGAAACUGAAGCCCAGAGAGGUAAAGUCACCCACCCAAGGUCACACAGCUGGGGAGCAGCAGAGCUUAAUGUGAUGCCAAGUCAUGCCUCCUUAAACACUUCCUUCCACCAUCCAGUCCCCUCAUUCCUCCCUGGAGCCCCUAAAUCCAACCUAUCCCCUGAGGUCACCAUCAUUGUCACCUUAGUGUCACCUCCCAGACCUCUUCCAACAUAUCUCCUAACAGAAACUGUUUAUGUACCAAAAAACGUAGAGCUUUUGUCAAAGCUUUGCUUUUUACAAAUUCUAGUUUCUUGGGUGAGGUCCUAGAGACUAUGCCAGUCAAAGUGUGGCCUCCUAGCCAGCAGCACCACAUCACAUGGAACUUGUUAGCCAUACAACUACUUGGGCCCGACUGCAGGCUGGAAUCAAAAGCCCUGGGAAUGGGACUCAGUCAUUUGGGCUUUCACAAGCCCUCCAGGAGGCCCUGCCUGGUCUCGUCUGGGACCUGGGCCAGCAGCUGGGAGACCUGAGCCUGGAGUCUGGGGGCCUGGAACAGGAGAGCGGGCGUAGCUCGGGCUUCUAUGAAGAUCCCAGCUCUACAGGAGGUCCAGAUUCACCACCCUCAACCUUCUGUGGGGACAGUGGCUUCUCUGGAUCCAGCUCCUAUGGUCGCCUGGGUCCCUCUGAGCCCCGGGGCAUCUAUGCCAGUGAGAGGCCCAAGUCCCUAGGAGACGCCAGUCCCAGCGCUCCGGAGGUGGUGGGCGCGCGGGCAGCGGUGCCGCGGUCCUUCUCAGCGCCCUACCCGACGGCAGGGGGGUCCGCCGGCCCGGAGGCCUGCUCCUCGGCGGAGCGGCGGGCGCGCGCCGGGCCCUUUCUGACGCCCAGCCCCCUGCACGCUGUGGCGAUGCGCAGCCCGCGGCUCUGCGGCCGCCCUCCCACCGACUCGCCCGACGCGGGGGGCGCAGGGCGGCCCCUGGACGGCUACAUCUCGGCGCUCCUGCGCAGGCGCCGCCGCCGGGGGGCGGGCCAGCCCCGGACCAGUCCCGGGGGCGCGGACGGCGGCCCGCGGCGCCAGAACAGCGUGCGCCAGCGGCCGCCCGACGCGUCUCCGUCCCCCGGCAGCGCGCGGCCCGCGCGGGAGCCCUCGUUGGAGCGCGUCGGGGGCCACCCCACCAGCCCUGCCGCCUUGAGCCGCGCCUGGGCGUCGUCGUGGGAGUCGGAGGCGGCACCCGAGCCCGCUGCGCCGCCCGCCGCCCCCUCGCCCCCCGACAGCCCGGCCGAGGGCCGCUUGGUGAAGGCGCAGUACAUCCCGGGCGCGCAGGCGGCCACCCGAGGCCUCCCUGGCCGCGCCGCCCGCCGCAAACCGCCGCCACUGACCCGCGGCCGCAGCGUGGAGCAGUCACCGCCCCGGGAGCGUCCCCGGGCCGCCGGCCGCCGUGGACGCAUGGCCGAGGCCUCGGGCCGCCGCGGCUCGCCCAGGGCCCGCAAGGCCUCGCGCUCCCAGUCCGAGACCAGCCUGCUGGGCCGCGCCUCCGCGGUCCCUUCGGGGCCCCCCAAGUACCCCACGGCGGAGCGGGAAGAGCCUCGGCCGCCACGGCCACGCCGCGGCCCAGCGCCCACGCUGGCGGCCCAGGCCGCAGGGUCCUGCCGUCGCUGGCGCUCCACUGCGGAGAUCGACGCUGCCGAUGGGCGCCGCGUGCGGCCCCGAGCCCCUGCGGCGCGUGUUCCCGGCCCCGGCCCGUCCCCGUCAGCUCCCCAGCGUCGUCUGCUCUACGGCUGCGCGGGCAGCGACUCCGAGUGCUCGGCCGGGCGCCUGGGGCCCCUGGGACGCCGGGGGCCUGCGGGAGGCGUCGGCGGGGGUUACGGGGAGAGCGAAUCGAGCGCCAGCGAGGGAGAAUCGCCUGCCUUCAGCUCUGCCUCCAGCGACUCAGACGGCAGCGGUGGCCUCGUGUGGCCGCAGCAGCUGGUGGCGGCCACCGCGGCCUCUGGGGGCGGAGCAGGUGCAGGGGCGCCCGCGGGCCCCGCCAAAGUCUUCGUGAAGAUCAAAGCUUCCCACGCGCUCAAGAAAAAGAUACUGCGUUUCCGUUCGGGUUCUCUCAAGGUCAUGACUACAGUGUGAGUUUGGGGAUUUGCUUGGGCUCCCCCUUCAUGGCCUCUGCACCUCCACACUCCCAACCACUGACCCUUCCACAUCUACCUUCCAAAGACCAUCGUUUUCUCUGCUUCCAAAGACCCCCCUCACUCUCGCCACUCCUAACAGUCUUGGUUGAAAAGGCUCCCCCACCGCCACCUAGAGGAAUGGGGAGGAGCCCUGUUUGACCCAGUUCAGCUUCUAGCUUGGAAGCCCUUGGGCAGGACAGUUCCCCUUCUCUGGGCGUCACUUUCCUCCUCUGUACAGUAAGUGUCCAUGUAUGCAAAAGGGGUAAUUCGGUUUGAAUUUCCCCGUUUUAGUUUAGAAGCCUAGUCUGUUUGUUCCCCUUCACUGCUGUCCCUCUCAUUCCUGAUGAGCCCUCUCAUUUCUCCUUUCCUUGCCCAACUGUGGCCCCCUCUCAUUCACAAAGUGCCCCCUCCAUGUCCCUGGACCCUUAAGAUAUCCCCUUGGCACCCUGGUCAGAGACUCUGUGUCUGACUCAGGUAGCUCCUGCAGAGUGCCCUGGGAAGGGAAGGAGCACUGAUUUGGGGGUUUUGAGGGUCAAGUAGGGGUUGGUAACACCUGGAAAGAAGGACUCUUUCACCUCGAUCCCUGGACAAUUAUGGAGGAUUCGGAGGUAGAAGAGGGGAAGGAAGACGGUUUCUAUCUCAUGCCCGCCACUCCCUGUGAGAGGGAAUGGGGGAAGCCUGGUGACCCUCAGCUGUUCCAAUCUAGUAUUUUUUUCUUUUUUAAAUUACUGUAUUUAUUAUGACGAUGGUGACCCCCCAGUGCAAAGGGGGCCAGAUUCUGUGUGUUUCUCUAACCUCUUUGUAAGUAAAUGCACAGUGUGACAUA